UUUGCCGACUAAGAAGAAGGAUAAGGGAAGGCUUAUAUUGCCAGUGUUAGGCUUCGGUUCGCCACGUUCUGUAUGUGCUCGUUUAGUGUAGUUACUCGAUGGAAUCGAUAGACAGUGAUAAGAUACGUAAGAGAGAACGUAUAUUCUCAGUGAACGGGAAAGGGAGACAACAAUCACAAUCAGUGAACGGGAAAGGGAACAACAAUCAAGCAUAAGGACACGAACACACACACACACAUACAUAUACGCCAAAUUGAGGAAGCAUUGUUUCGUUAUCGACAUUUAAUUAUUGUGAUUAUCAUCUUUCCAUCUAAGAGGAGUAGUAAAGAGCGGCAUCUUUGACUUUUUGUUUGCUGAUCUAAGCGUAGCAGUUGUUAGAAUUCGCGCACAGUAUCUCAAAGCUGCCAACUGUAAGAUUCUUUUGCGUUUAUCAAUCGGAAUCGGAAACCAGUUAACUUAUUACUUUUUGCCUAACAAGGUGAUGCGAUCCUUUUUGACACACCGAUGAAGCGUACUAAGGGUACGCUAAAUCGUAAAUGCUGAAAACAUUCUUAUUCGCUCUCAGAGGAUGGUGGGACGAGUGUGUAGUUUUUAAGUUCGAGUUUAUGUUUGAGCUUAUCAUAUGUGUGUGUGUGAGCGUUAUUGGCCAGAACAAUCUCAAUCAUAUUUAUAAAUGCUAAUAUGUAAGAGGCGUGUAGCGUUUAGCAGCAGAUGAUCACAAAACGAUGGUAAUCCAUUACGCGCAUGGGUUGGAUGAAAUUCAGCCUCACAUUCGCACGCGAGCGAAUCAGAAGCAAGCGAGAAAGGGCGAGAUGGAAGAAAGGCAAAAAACUCCAAGUGGUAUUUAUAUUUAACUAACGAAGCUAAGCGAAGAAAAGCGAAAAUAGAUGAAAAACUGUUUUUUUCAUUCUUCACCUAAUCGACAGCGGCGUGCUACAAGUUGUGUGUUUGAGAAAAUGAGAAAAAGAUGUACUUUUUGUCACCCAUUUGGUUGGUCUUGUUUAUCCUUACGACCCCGAAUCUACUAGCGGAUGGCCACGAUGACACCUUCUUUCAAACACUUUUCGAUGAAACCAGCGUCCUGUUCAACAAUGGUACGCCCCGCAUACCGGACACAAAGGUUUUCCGGAAGGAGUACGAUUUCAUCAUCAUCGGUGCCGGUUCGGGUGGAUCCGUGAUGGCCAACCGAUUGUCCGAGGUACGGGACUGGAACGUGCUGUUGCUGGAGGCGGGCAAGGAAGGUAACAUGCUGACCGAGGUACCGCUGACGGCUGGCCUGACCAGCAUUACAGGUUACAACUGGGGCUACAAGGCUGACCCGAUGAAGGGUGCCUGUUUGGGGCUGAAGGGAGGCGUCUGCAAUUGGCCUAAAGGGCGCGGUCUCGGUGGCACCAGCCUCAUCAACUUCCUCAUCUACACACGUGGUCACCGGAGCGAUUACGACGGUUGGGAGCAGGCGGGCAACCCUGGCUGGGGCUAUCGUGAGGUGCUGCAGUACUUCAAGAAGUCGGAACGUGUGCAGAUUCCCGAACUGCGACACUCCCCGUACCGCUCUACGGCGGGAUUGGUCGACGUGGAAGAGUCUCAAUUUGAGACACCCCUGUUGAAGCGGUUCAUUGAGGCGGGUCGUGACUUCGGGUACAUGGAGACAGAUCCGAACGGGGAAAUUCAACUCGGUUUCGGUAAAGCGCAAGCGACCAUGCGCAGAGGACGUCGAUGCAGUGCGUCCAAGGCUUACCUCGUACCGGCCUCAAGGCGUCCCAACCUGGACAUAUCAAUGUACUCCCGCGUCACCAAAGUGCUGAUUGAUCCGGUAACGAAGCAAGCGUACGGUGUGGAGUUCAUCAAGCGUCGACGGCGGUAUGUGAUAAGAGCGCGUAAGGAAGUGAUCCUGGCGGCGGGUGCUAUUGCCUCGCCGCAGCUGCUGAUGCUGUCCGGUGUCGGCCCCAGGGAGCACCUGAAGGAGAUGGGCAUUCCCGUGGUGCAGGAUCUACCGGUAGGGUAUAACAUGCAGGACCAUUUGAAUCUGCCAGGGUUGGUGUUCCCGGUGAACCAACCGGUGACGGUACGGGAACGAGACAUGCGUUCGCCGCGCCCCAUUAUCGACUAUCUGGUACAUGGCCGGGGUCCAUUCACCUCUCCGGGCGGUGCGGAGGGUGUCGCUUUUGUAAAGACUAACAUUAGCUUCACGCCCUCCGAUUAUCCGGACAUUGAGCUGGUCAUGGGCACAGGUGCUUACAACAACGAUGAGUCGGGUACGCUGCGGGCAACGAUCGGCUUUACGGACCAGUUCUACCACAGCACGUACGGCUCGAUCCUUGGAAAGCAUGCGUUUUCGGUCUCACCGGUUCUGAUGCGGCCGAAGAGUCGUGGUCGCAUCUCGCUCAAAAGCAUCAAUCCGUUCCAUUGGCCCCGUAUGGAGGGUAACUUCUUUGCGGACUAUGACGAUCUGCUCGUGCUGCGGGAAGGCGUCAAGCUGACGGUCGAUCUGAUUGAAUCUCGCAGCUUCCGUGACGUUGGGGCACGGUUGCACAGUACACCGUUUUACGGCUGUGAGCAGCAUCGCUUCCGAAGCGAUGAGUAUUGGGAGUGUGCCAUCAGACGUAUCGGUAGUACGUUGCAGCAUCAGUGCGGUACGUGCAAGAUGGGCCCUGUGACCGAUCCGGAAGCGGUCGUCAAUCCGCAGCUGCAGGUGUACGGCAUCCAGGGGCUGCGUGUCGUCGACGCAUCGAUCAUACCAACCAUACCGGCAUCGCACACCAACGCAGUGGUGUUUAUGAUCGGCGAGAAGGCGGCCGACAUGGUGAAAGACUUUUGGGCCAACGAAAUACGCUAACCAGCGCUGGUGUCGGCGAUACCUUUUCUCACUCUCUAGUCAACUUCGAUCACCGGUUUUGCCCGGUGAUCGUAGCACAGUCCCGGCGAAGGUGUCGGAGCACACGCACGCACGUCUCGCGAGUUGCUUGCGUGCACAAAUCUUCCCUCGUUUCUGUUCUGCCCAUCUUCUCUUCCCAUGAAAGAGUUGCCAACCGAGCGUUCGGUGUAGAAUUAAGCGAAAUAAAGAGACUGCUCUACUGUAAACAAACGGUAAUAAACGGUUUCCACGCCGGGCGCGUUUAUUUGCGUAAGCGAUCUGAUCGACUUUC